AUGCCUGACAAGCGGACGUCGAGCUCUGGCAACAUGGCGCAGUGCAACGUCGACGACGCAUGUGAAUCUUGUCACAUACAGGUGAUGUCCGAUCUCCAUCUGGAAACACCUCGCUUCCUGCCCAUGUACACCUCAUUCCAUAUCAGUCCCAAAGGCACACAGCUCGCGCUUCUUGGUGACAUCGGCAACGUCCACGACGAGCGACUUUUUGCCUUCCUUGAUGAGCAGUUGAAGCAGUUUAGAGUGGUCUUCUAUGUUCUUGGCAACCACGAACCCUACCAGCCUGAUUCUAGUCCGCAGAGGUUCACGCAUCAGGAUGCACGGAUUAUCAUGGAGAGAUUCGAAGCGACCAAUGCCACCAAACGGCAAGCAGAGUCAGACAGUAGUGGAACAACUUCAGUCGGGCAGUUCGUCUUCCUCAAUAGAAGACGGUUCGACAUCUCCGAAACCCUCACUGUUCUCGGCUGCACGCUCUUCUCAAGCAUUGCCGAAUCUCAGAAGAGCACCGUCUCCCUAUUCGUCUCCGACUUUAGCAACAUCUCGGACUGGACCGUGGAUCUACACAACGCCAGCCAUCGUGAGGACCUGGCAUGGCUGAACUAUCAGGUGGAAGCUAUCGCUCGCACCGAGCCACAUCGCAGCAUCGCUGUUCUGACACACUACAGCCCGACAACUCUCCCCGAGGCAAACGAUCCCGAGCACCUGGAAGACUCUCGUGGAGUCCAGAGCGCCUUCGUCACGGACUUGUCUAGAGAGGUUUGCUGGACUUGUCCCUCGGUGAAGCUGUGGGCUUUUGGCCACACACACCACAACUGCGAUUUCAUAGACAGUGGAACGGGGAAGAGAGUAGUGGCGAAUCAGAGAGGAUAUGGGCGAGAGGAUGAUUUUGACUUUGACGCGGAGAAGGUUGUUACGAUAGACGAGACAUGA